AUGGCUUUUCUGGGAAGAUCCACACCUGAGUCAACAGUUAUUGAAGAAACAACUUCAAUUAACUCUAGAAACGCUGAUAUAUUAGACAAACGAGAAGAAAAUCAAGUUAAUGAUAAUAUUAAUGAUUUAAAUAAUAAAAUUUCCGAUAGCAAUUUAACUCGUGAAAUAACAGCCUAUGGUUUGAUGUUUGGAUCAAAAGCUAGCUUACUUUGUAAUUUUGGUGAUUUACCUUCUUGGUGUCAGGAUAAUCGAGAUAUACUCCGAGGGAUUGUUACGAUAUGUGUCGCUGUAUUGCCAAGGUUUCGAUCUCCUCAUUAUAGAUGGUUUCGGACUGGUUUAUUUUUAGCAAUGGGACUAAGUGCUAUUGUACCAUUGGCACACGGCAUAGCUCUUUAUGGGGUGCACUUUUCUAUGGAGCAAGGUACGUUUAUCCGUCAUCUUGUUUGCUCAACCAAUGUAUUUGCAGAAUAUUAG